UCAACACCAGUCAUGGAAUCACUCACAAUCAUACUCACCUUCCUCUUAUCAUUGUUCCUCAUAUUCAAACUACUACCAAACAAAAAAUCCGACCCAUCAAAGCCUCUCAACCUAAUCCCCGGCCCGAAACGCCUCCCCGUGAUCGGAAACCUCCACCUCCUCGCCGGAAACACCCCGCCCCACCACGUCUUCCGCAAGCUCUCCGCCCAAUACGGCCCUCUCAUGCGCAUCCAGCUCGGCGGGCUCCCUUACCUCAUCGUCUCCACCGUGGAGGUUGCCAAGGAGGUUCUCCGCACCCACGACCUUGCCUUCUCUAACCGGCCCCCGGGCCUUGCGGCCGAGGCCUUCUCCUACAACUACACCGGCGUCGGCUUCGCCCCCUACGGCGAGCCAUGGAGGGUCCUCAAGAAGCUCUGCACGGUCGAGCUCCUCAGCAUGAAGCGCGUCCGCUCAUUCAGGCACGUCCGGCAAGAGGAGACGGAGAAUUUGGUCAGAUUCAUCACCGCCGCCGCCGGCGACGGAGCCGCCGUGGAUCUGUCGGAGAAGGUCCAUCUGCUGGCGUAUGACAUCGUGACGAGGGCUUCGGUGGGGGCCACAACAAAGGAUCGGCUCAAGGUCAUGCAUAUAACCAGGGGGCUCGGCAACUUUGGAGCCGGAUUCAACGCAGCCGAUCUGUACCCUUCCGUGAAGGUGCUCCCGUUCCUCACCGGAAUCCAGUUCAAGAUAGAAAAGAUGCACCGUGAAAUGGACGGAAUGUUCCAAGAAAUCAUAGCUGAGGCAAGAGCAGCGGAGAAAGACGAUGGAUUCGAAGAUCUGUUAGGUAUACUUCUCAAAUGUCAAGCGGAAGGGAGCGAGAUGGCCAUCACAGACGAUGAUAUUAAAGCAGUCAUGCUGGACAUGUUUUUGGCGGGGAGCGAGACCUCCGCAGCGGUGAUAGAGUGGGCGAUGUCGGAGAUGGUGAAGAAUCCCGUUACACUGAAAAAAGCGCAGGAGGAAGUGAGAAAGGUGUUCGACAAGACGGGGCGGGUGGACGAAGAGAGGAUCCACGAGCUGGAAUACUUACCCCUCGCCAUCAAAGAGACGCUCAGAAUCCACCCGCCGCUGCCUUUCAUGAUGCCGCGGCUCAACAGCAGCAAAUGCACCCUCAACGGCUACGAGAUCCCUUCCAACACCAGGCUGAUCGUCCACGCCUGGGCGCUGGGAAGAGACCCCCAAUACUGGCCCGACGCAGAGCAGUUUAUCCCAGAGAGAUUCCAAGCCUCCACGAUAGACUACAAGGGAAACGAUUUCCAGUAUUUGCCGUUUGGCUCCGGGAGGAGGCUCUGCCCCGGAAUGAAUUUCGGGGUAGCGAACUCGGACCUGGCGCUGGCCACGCUUCUCUACCAUUUCGACUGGGAGAUGCCGCGUGGCCUCAGGAAUCAGGAUUUGGAUAUGGUAGAGGACUUUGCCAUAACAGUUCGGAGGAAAAACCCUUUGAUUCUCGUUCCGACUCUUAAGAGGCCACUCAAUGUCGGUAAAUGACCAUUCCGGUGUGAAAAAAAUAAUACUACCCCCGUCUAAGAAUAAAUGUCCCAUAUUGGAUCGAGGUUUAAUAGAUUAUUGUACUAUGUAAAGAAAAAUGUAUGAAAAAAUUUGUGGAGCGUGAGGUUCAGUAUGUUUGUUUUUAAAGCAGAAUGAUAUGAUAUGAUAUUUAAU